AUGAAGGUUCAUUCAUCCCGCUUGUAAGUAGGAUCUCUUAUUCUUCCCCCUAUUUCUUUAACUAUCCCUUAAGAUUUAGACACAUAGGGAACCAGGUCAUGGUUAGAUUAAUUUUUCAAGAUUGUCUUCAGGGCCCCCUUAGAUGCUUUGAGGGAAAUGGCUUGCAGUGCAGAGAUAGAGAGUAUCGAGGAAAUAACUAGAAUCCAUUUCGUGACCUUCUUCCUUUUCUUUCCUAGAUCCCGCUGUCUGCACAGGUUUCGAGAGCUGCUGGCCUCCUGUUGCCGUGCCACUAAAAUCCAUCCCCUGGACUGUAUGAGGCAAGAAAGUGUAAUCGUGGACGGGAGGAAAAUUAAACUGAGAACCAUCUAUGUGAGGCCGAAGGACCAGGGGAUGGAUGCCACCAGUGAUUCCACCAGUGGUGAGUGUUGAUCUUUGUUCACGAAGAACAGGGAGGCCAGAGAGAAUCUGGCUGGCUGGGGGGGGGGGGAGGCAGCUCCCUGAUUUAAGAAGAGUUUAGGGAUUGGAUGAGGAAGGGAGAAUAAUGUGGGCCACUUGGAGAUCCUUGCAGUAAUAAUAAAUGGAAAUAUUAAGAAUCUUUUCUGUUCUUUUCUCUUCCAGGUAGUGGCAACAGUGAGGCCAGCAGCUCUCUCCACCAAGGCCCAGUUUUCCCCUUCCCCAAUUAA